GACAGUAAGGGCUUGAGCGGGGAAGCGCGUGGCCCUUUUAAGUUGGUCUCGAGAGCUGCAACGAUGCCGAAAGCCAAGCAGAAGCAGCGUCGGAAGAAGUAUAAUUAUAACGUCAACCGCAAAAAACUGAACCGGGCUUCCCGCAAGCGGUCGGCCCCUCGAAUAAAAUGUGCUCAAAUCCGACAUGCCUGGGAUAGCACCAAAUCAGUUUCUAAGAAUUUGGCAGAAAUGGGCCUGGCUGUUGAUCCAAACAAGGCAAUUCCCAUUCCAAAGGGUAUGAAAAUGGAUAUCGAUGGACAAGAGGCAGAGACAAAAACCAUUAGGAAGCCAUAUGUAAUAAAUGAAUUGGAAUAUGAAGCCAGCUUCCCAGAGAAAAAAUCCGAGACCCUCUCCACAGACCUUAUUGACUACGUCAAACACAUGAUUCAGAAUCAUGGUGAAAAUUAUAAGGCUAUGGCUCGUGAUGAGAAGAACUAUUACCAGGAUACACCAAAACAAAUAAAGAGGAAGAUCAAUGUGUAUAAACGCUUCUAUCCCGAGGAGUACCAGACAUUCAUUGCAUCUUUACGGCAAGAAAAAAUGGAGCAAUAAUUAUGAUGAGGAUAAUAAUGCUGAAUCAUUAUUUCAUCUGCUGACAUGGAUUUAAGUAACUGGGAUUAAAAAACUGAUACUUGAAUUACAUAAAGUAUUGCCUUCUAAAAAGAGAUAAGAAAAUACAGAUGCAGUGUAUAAAAUUUCA